AUGGGGAAAGCAUUCACCAUCAGUCUUGCCACGUUCGCGGCCUUGGGGUCAUUCCUGUUCGGCUACGACUCCGGCGUGAUGACGGACGUGAUCGCCUCGAAGCACUUCCUCAACUACUUCAACACGGACAAAGCGUCGUCGAUCCUCGGCGCCAUAGUCAGCACGUUCGCCGGCGGCGCCUGCAUCGGCGCACUGAGCGGCGGUCUCACCAUCGACCGCCUCGGCCGCCGCAAGAGCAUCCAGAUCGGCGCGUUCGUCUGCGUCGUCGGCGCGAUCCUGCAGGCGGCGGCUACGCACCUCGCCAUGAUGCUGGUCGGCCGCAUCAUCACCGGCUGGGCUAUCGGGAUCAUGAGCAUGGCUGUGCCCGUGUACCAGGCGGAGCUGGCGUCGCCGAAGAUGCGUGGGUUGAUCGUCGGGCUGUCGCAGCAGAUGAUCGGUGUUGGGUUUAUCGUCAGUACGUGGAUCGGAUACGGCAGUGCACAUGCCCCCGAGACCAGCUCGUUCCAGUGGAGGUUCCCGCUUGCGUUCCAGGGCGUGCCCGCUUUGUUCCUUGCCGUAGGCUUGUUCUGGUUCCCCGAGAGCCCGAGACAGUUGAUCGAGAAGGAUGGGAACGACGAGGCGCUCAGGGUCCUCAGGCAGCUGCACGGCAACGGCCACAACGAGGAUUGGAUCUUGGCCGAGUUCGAGGAGAUGCGCCAAACCAUCCAGGCUGAGAAGGCAGUGCACGUGCCCGGCUGGUCGAUCAUGUUCACUGUACCCGAGUUCAGGACGAGGUUGAUGCAUGGUGUUCUCGUGCAGAUAUUUACGCAGUUGACGGGAAUCAAUGUCAUCAACUACUACCAGACAAUCAUGUACGAAGCCCUCGGUUUCAAGGGAAAGACCGGACUCCUCGUCACCGGACUGUACAACAUUGUUGGCCCCGUCACCAAUCUCUUCUUCAUCACCCUGAUCUCUGACCGAUACGGGCGUAAGAAGCCCUUACUCUUCGGCACACUGGCGAUUACGGCAUGCCUAUUCAUCGAAGCGGCGAUCAACUCUCAGAACCCUGGGGGGCUGGACAAGAACCUCUCUCGCGCCGGCGUGGCAAUGCUGUUCAUGGUGUCGAUAUUCUUCUCGCUGUCGUUCGGGCCCGUGAGCUGGACGUACAUGAGCGAGGUGAUGCCGAUGCAGAUCCGUGGAAAGGGCAAUGCCUUCGCCACAGGCAUCGGUAACUGGCUCAUCAAUGUCAUCUUCUCCCAGGCUAGUCCGGUCGGAUUGGAUAAGCUGGAGUGGAAAUAUUACUUCGUGUUUGCUACGUUUAAUCUCGUCGUCACUCUACCUACCAUCUGGUUCGUGUUCAAGGAGACCAAGGGCAUAAGUCUGGAGGAGAUCACCGGCCUGUUUGACCAGGAAGGGCACACACAGCAGAAGAACCGUAUGGUGGACGACAAGGAGACGGCCGCGCCCAGCGCGCGGGAGAUCUAG